AUGGCUCCUAUUGCUACUGCAGAUCUAUCAACUUCGGUUCCGGCGCUCUCCCCGGAAGCCUUCCAAUGCACUAUCUUUCUUCUUUCCCGACUAACGUGCAUUAAAUGUAGUGGCGAUGCACCCAAGGGCGACUGGCGCGCACAGCUCCGGGAGAAUGGAUUUGCUGUGAUCAAGCACGCGAUCCCUCAAGAACGAGCGGAAGCGUACCGUCACAAAGCUCGCCAAUGGCUGAAGUCGUUUGGAAACGACAAGCUCGAUUACGAGAACCCCAACACCUGGGUGGCAGAAAACCUGCCCGUCCAAAGCACAAUCAACACUUUCAGUGCCUAUGCCGUUGCGCAUGAGAAGUUCAUGUGGGAUGCGCGACUGGAGCCCGGGGUGGUCGACGCCUUUGCUCAAAUCUGGGGCACGGACGAGCUGAUUGUGAGCUUCGACAGCUUGAACAUCACCUUUCCCAACCGUAAGGACGUGCCUCGCAAAGGCGCGUGGGAGCACGUUGACCAGAGCCCGUUGCGUCGCGGCAUGCACUGUGUCCAGGGCAUUAUCAACCUUUCCCCCGCAGGCCCUGACGACGGAGGUUUAGUGGUGUAUCCAGGCUCGCACAAGUACCACGAGGAGUUUUGCAACACACAGACUGAACCGUCAACAUGGAAGGCCCAAGACCUCUACUGGUUUCAGCCGGAACAGCUCGCCUGGUACGAAGCCAAGGGAGUCCGUCCACACAAGGUGUGUGCAGACAUUGGGGAUUUGAUUGUGUGGGAUAGCCGUACCACCCAUUACGGUGCAGAGCCCACCGAAGCGAGCAAUACCAUCCGCACGGUUAUCUACGCGGCAUAUUCCCCUGCAAAGCUGGCAUCUUCGGAAACGCUGGAGCGCAAGAAAGAAGUCUUCCGCAAUUACGGGGGCACUACCCACUAG